GAAGACUAACUCGAGCAUAUAUUAGUAUAUUUUUAGAUAAAUACGAUCAAAAACCAAAAACUCUUAUAUUCAAAACUAUUUAUGGAAGAUUUUGAAUAUAGAUAGAAGUAGUUUUUAUAAAAAAAAAUUGAUCAUCAGGCUUAUAUUUAAGAUAAGUAAAAUGAUUAGCUGAAGUAAUAAUAAGAAAUAUAAAAUAGUUAAGUUCAUUAAAAUUAGAAGUAAAUCGACUAGAGUCAUGAUUAUGAUUCUUAAAACCCAUGCAUUUUUUUUAGAAUAAAUUAUCAUAUCAGGAAAUACAUUUUAGGAUUUAUAACUUUUAAGUAGCUGAAAAGAAUGCUUUACAUAAACAAGCAACUUAAUUAAGAUAUUUUAAGCUAUUUUAGGACUCAUCUGAGAGAAUUACAUGUUAAUGAUACUCUUAGAUUUGAAAUGGAUGGCUAUAAGGUCUUUUUCUAAAAUUAUGGAUAAAACAUAAAAAAAAUUAGCAUAUUUUGUUAGGGUUUAGAUUAUAAAGAGCUAUUUAAUUCGUUGCCUGAUAGUAGAAUAGAAGGCGUUAAAUUAAUAAUGUGUCCAAGUUAUUGGCUACAGUAAAGAUCAUUUUAUAGACUUCUUAAACUGAAAUUAAGCAAGUCGCUUGUUAGUAUUCAAAUUUAAGUGUAUAUGUAAGUUAAUAAUAAUAUAAUUUAGCAAGAAGAAGUAUUCCAAAGUACUUCUUAAAAUUAACAACUAAGCCUAAUCUAAUGUAAAAGCAAUUCUUCUUCUUUGUAAUAAAAACCAGUGACAUUAGAGUUUCUAAACUCCUUUUGGAGCUGUUUUAAAGUUUUAAAGAAAAUAUCUAUGAAGGAAGUUUAGACAUUUUUAGACCUGACAAAUGACUAUAAUCUUUUACUUCAAAGUAUAUUCACCACUCCAACCUUAAAUUUAACAGUAUUGAAAAUACAAAAUAUGCUGAUUCCUUUUUAACUGCUCUAAUUAGUACAGCAAUAAUAAAAUUAAAAUCAAUAAUAAUAAAAUAAUAAUUUCCUAUUGAACCCUUAGUAUUCUUUAUAGAUUUAAAAUAAUAAUAAUAAUAAUCAGCAAUAAAUUUAGUAAAACUAUCAUUCUCUUCCUAUUGCUAGUUAAUUGAACUCUUUGAUUCCCUCACCUUCUAUAUUUUAAAUGAGUCCUUCUUAGCCAUAAUAAAAUGGUAGUUAAAAUAACUAAACUAAUUUAUAGCAAAUCUAAUAAUUAAUCUAAUAAAGGUAAUAACUUAACUAACAAAAUGAAGAUUACAUAUUGUCUGAAGAAUAAGCAAACGACAUUCAAAAUUAAAUUUAGUAAAUAGAUUAAUAAAUAGCAAACUUACAACAGAAUUAAAUAAUGAAUGUAUAAGGUAACAAUACAAACACGAAUAACUAAUCCUUAAUAUAAGUCCUGUAAUUAAAUAAUUUAUUAUAUAAUAACAAUGAAAUUUUUUCAGAUAUAGAGGACACAUUAAGUUACAAAGAAAGCUAAUUAUUUCAGAAUUAAACUCUCAAUAAAUUUAAAAAGUUAUAAAAAUUUAAGAUAUCGAGCACUAGAAACUCAAUUCGGUUUUUAGGUAUUAAUGAUCACACUUUAGAAACCUUAAUAAAACUGAUUCCAAAAUCUUUGUCUUGCUUAGAAAUUGUUGAUUACCAGAACGAAUCUAAUUUAGCUCUAAGAGAAAAGUCUUUUUCAGAAAAAAUCUUUGUUUAGUUCAUAGAGCACUUUAAUAACCUCUCUCAGUUAAGCAUAAAUUGUUACAAGACAAGACAACAAAUUCCUAUUUUUGCUUUUCUUCAUAUGGAAUAAAUUUAUAAUAACUUGACAUCAUUAGGGUUAGCAAGCUGUAAUGGAAUUAAUAAAGAAAUAUUGAGUUCACUUAUAUCUAAAAAUUGCUCAUAACUUCAAGAAUUAUGCAUGGAUUAUACUUAACUCGAGGGAGCUUUAGAAACAAUAGCAUAAUCAUAAACAGCUCAAUUAAAGAGAAUAUCUAUUAAUUAUUGUAAAAGAAUAACAAAAGAGGAAAUUAUUACUUUUUGUAAUAGCUAGACAUAAUUGGAAUAUGUUUCUUUCAAAUAAAUUAAAUGUUUUACCAAAAAGGCACUUGUUCCCUUAGUUAAUAAUAAUUACAAAACCUUAAAAAGUGUAAUCCUUGAAGGAAAUAAAAUAGAUAAUACUCAUAUUGCUUUUCUUCUACGUUACUGCAGGAAUAUAUAAUCUUUAUGCUUAAGAAAGAUGGAUAGAGUAGAUGCAAACUUUUCAAAUUAAUUAUUUCAUGUAAUUAUGUAGUUUGCAAAAACAGAAAACUAUAACGAGAAGCAUGAGAAAUUAACUUAUUUAGAUAUUUCUUUUAACUAAACAUUUAAUGAUGAAUCAAUAUCCUGUAUAAGUUAAUUGUUUCCGAAUCUGUAUACAUUUAUCUUAGAUCAGUGCUCAAUACGCUCUCUUACUUCUCUUUUACCACUCAAAUAUAGUAUAAACUCACUAAAUCUUUCAUCAAACUUGAUAAUUAUUAAAUCAGAGUAAGACUUUGAAGCAUUUUGCAAAACAUUAUCAGAAUUUUACUACUUAAAUACUAUUUUUAUUGAAAUCCCUAAUAUCGAUAGAUUUCUUAAGCAUUCUAAUUUUGUAUGGAAUACUAAACCUAUAAUAAUAAAAGAAUCUUUUAAUAUGUGUUGCUAUCCAAUAACUCGCAAUACAAAGUUUUGAGUAUAUUAAAAAUAAAACUAAUAUUCAUAAAUAUUUUAUGUAUAAUAAUUUUCUUCGAGUUUUUCUAAAUCAAACUUCAAUCAAUUUCAUAAUGAAAUAUUAAAAUAUAUUUAAACUAAUUUUUU